GUUUCUAAGUGAAGACUGUACCUAGCAUUGCUUAUAUAGAAGAUAUAAUUUGGUUUUGUCAGAUAAAAAAAUUGCGGCCUGUUUUCCAGGAAAGCACAACAAUCCGACAAACAGUUGGGGCCCUCGGUGUCAAUUUAUAUGUUGUCAUGGGCUCGUUGUCAUAACACGAAAGACCGGACGUCUUGGACUUUGACUCGUCAAAAGGAGCAAAGCCGAAUAGUGGGUGACGUACUUUUGCAGCAACCUUUUCUUCUUUUUGACUCUGGGCUGACUGGACCGUGGAACCGUUGCAAAUACCAAUUAAUCUGGUGCCGAAGAUGCAGGCUGUUCAACUACUCCGCCUCCACCAGUAAUCAAAACGAGCUUUCGAACUCUCUUCUUCACAGUUACAAUCUCGGUUCAUAAGCAUAAAUAUACUCAAAGCCCCCCUGCAUAUAUGGUCCUGUGAAAGAGCUGAGUAUAAUAUGGCACAGAGAAAAGAUAACAUUGUUCUUUUCCCUUUCAUGAUGCAAGGCCAUAUCAUCCCUUUCCUGGCUUUAGCCCUCCACAUAGAACAAAGAACGAACCACUCCAUUACCUUUGUCAACACCCCUCUCAACAUCAAGAAGCUCAGGUACUCUCUCCCUCCUGAAUCCUCCAUUAACCUUGUUGAGAUCCACUUCUCCAGCUCCGACCAUGGUCUCCCACCCAAAACCGAGAACACCGACGCCCUUCCCUACCACCUCGUCAUUCGCCUCCUAGAAGCUUCUGUCUCUCUCGAACUAGCUUUCAAGAAACUCAUCCAGAAUCUCAUCGAAGAGCAACAAGGCCGUCCCCCGCUUUGCAUUAUCGUUGAUAUUUUCUUUGGAUGGGCUGCAAACGUUGCCAGAGAGCUAAACGUGUUCCAGGCAAUCUUCAGUGGCGCAAGUGGGUGCGGCUUGGCCUUUAUAUGAAAUUAAAGGAGAUUUGGGAGAGAUGAAGGAUUGAGUGGCCUGCGUUGAGGAAGGGAAAUGCCUGCGUUGAGGAAGGGAGAUGAAGCUGCUUCUCUCUCUUCCUAUUCUCUUCGAGUCUUCGUUUAACUUUACCCUCCUCUUUCUUCUAUCUUUCUUUCUUUGCUUUAUUUUUUUUAUUUAUUCAAAUACUAUCCUGACAAAAUAGUCCAGCUAGACAAUUGGUAUGC